AGCUGAUGAACUGCUCGCUACCGCAUGUAAACCGCCGGCCAUGUUGAGUUGGAAUUGAACAAAGCUACGAGAAGGAAGGGAGAAGAUCGGCUCGGCGUGUUAACACCGCACCCCUACCAUCCAUCAUGGCUGACCCGGAAAAACAGCCCGAACAACCCAAGGCUGUCCCACAAAAGCCUGUCAUCGCUAACAAAGUAACCGGCGUUGUGAAAUGGUUCAACGUUAAAAGUGGGUACGGGUUUAUCAACAGGAAUGACAGCAAGGAGGAUGUCUUUGUGCAUCAAUCAGCCAUUGUUAAAAACAACCCUAAAAAAGCGGUGCGCAGUGUUGGUGAUGGAGAAGUGGUUGAGUUUGAUGUCGUCGUGGGGGAGAAGGGGAAUGAGGCCGCCAACGUGACUGGUCCUGCUGGUGAGCCUGUGAAGGGCUCUCCCUAUGCCGCUGACAAGCGCCGUGGCUACCGUCAGUGGUACUAUGGAGGACGUGGCCGUGGCAUGCGCCCCCGACGUGAAGGCAACCAUGAAGGUUAUGAAAGUGGAGAUGGUGGUAAGGGAGAGGAAGGUGGUGAAGGUGAAGGAGGUCAACAGCAACAGAGGCGGUACAGACCAAGGCGUCGCUUUGAGCCCAACAAUUACUACAAUAACUAUCGUGCCCGCAAACCCCAGCAGGGCGGAGAAGAGGGUAAGGAGGGAGAGGAAGGUGGUGAAGGUGUUGAGGGAGGCCGCCCAGCCAGAGGCAGAGGUGCACCCCGUCGCUUCUUCCGCCGCAACUUCCGUGGGGGUCGCGGAGCUGGGCCACCUCGCAGACCAAGGAGUCAGGACGGGCAGAAUGUGAGCGAGGGAGAGGGAGGUGCUGAGGGUGCCCGGCCCCGUCCACGCUAUCGUCGUCGCCCGUCCCGAACCUCCGGCACCAGCCAAAGUGAGGGAGACAGUAAGGUCAAGCCUGAGUCCACUGAAGCCCAGACCACACCUGCCCAAGAUUCGUCACAAGCUGUGCAGCAUACAACUACCACAGAGAGCUCUGCCUAAAUGCAGUCUGGCCACCUGCCCUAACACCUGGCCAACUAAACAUCAUUAAUUUGUUAGUGCAGAUCCAAGUUUGUUUAGCAAUAAGCCCUACACCUCCUUGCAAGGCUCAAAAUGAAACUGAUGCUAUUUCUUGGCCAUGUCAGGUUGUGUUGUCAUAUCUUUAAUAAUUUUUUUUUCCUUUUUGUUUUUGUGUUGAUUGAUAGUGUUCUGUAGCAUGUCAUAUGACUUUGCAUGAGUUUUAUAAUGUUUUUGUUUUCAAAACCUGUAGGUAAUGUUUGUGGGCCCUUUAUCAAGAUUGAUACUUUGUACUAUUUAUAACACAUAGCACAAUUUUUGGAAAUCUCGAUCCCCUUGUCAUUAUUUAUGCAAAGGUUUUGUUUUGAGUCUUACGUACUACUACUAUGGAAGCUAUUUGUAGGAGAGUGUAUAGUUGUAGAGCAAGCGGAGGAGGCGGCCUUCGUCUUUUUUUCUUUUUCUGUGUGAUGGAGAUCGUGUGCUGCGUUCUACCGCCUCACGCGUUGCUCUCAUCCUUACUAGCAUGAUUGCUGAUCAACAACAAAUUAGUUGGGUCAGGCUUACCAGUAAGUAACCAGCCAAAUAAUUCAUGCUUGUCCAACAAUGCAUGUGUUUGAUGAAAUAAACAAAAAGUCCGUCAUGGAACAUAUGAUCACAGUAAGGGUACCGCAAAAGGUCCAUGUCAUGAACUGUUCAUUUUGACGAGAAGCAAUUUAAUUUAUUUGUAACUUAAAAUAUGUGAAUUAUUGUGUUUUGACCUUCAUGACGCUGGAGAGUUUUUUUGUUGCCUUUUUUUGUUUUUUUUUUAGGGAGGGAGGGGUGGGGGGACUGUACUGCAGUUAAACUGUGGUUGAUUGACCUUGAUCUUUUUUAUUUUUCAUGAUUUUUUUUUCUUUUCUUUUGAAGCUAUUGUCAUCUAGCUUUCUGUUCACUUUUGAUGAAACUGGUUCUGACUUGAUGUUGCAUUUAGGUUUUUUACACCCUGUAAAGUGAACAACGAUUUGGCAUUAAUGAUGAAUUGCCUGCCUUUGUACAAAACUACCAAAAAUUUUUCACAACAUGUGCAUUUUGAAUAAACAAGCCAAAAAGAUCUGAA